ACGCAGAGUUACGUUAAUGCAGAAGUGGGCGUGGUUUAAUCUAAACUGGGUUGGAAAAGAACCGACAGACUCGUCCCGUUAUUCCAGAGUCAGUUUAAAGUGAAGGGCUGACGCGAAGCAGAGAUAAAGUAUCAAUACCUGAGUUUAUCAAGACAAACAAACGAGAUUAAAACAAAGUCAGUAUUGAAACCCGGUGUAUGUGUUAGCACAGUUUAGCUUAGCCGGCCUACAGAAGCUAACAAGCCUAGAUGCUAGUUAGUUAGCAUCACCUAACUUCACCUCCUCCUCCUCCUCCACGACGCAGCAACCAUGGCUUUAAAACGGAUCACAAAGGAGUUAACUGAUCUGUCCAGAGACCCUCCGGCUCAGUGCUCUGCGGGACCCGUCGGUGAAGACAUGUUUCAUUGGCAAGCUACAAUUAUGGGUCCUCCCGACAGUCCCUAUCAGGGCGGAGUAUUUUUCCUGACUAUUCAUUUCCCCACAGAUUAUCCCUUCAAACCCCCCAAGGUCGCCUUCACAACAAGAAUUUAUCACCCAAAUAUUAACAGUAACGGCAGCAUCUGCCUGGAUAUAUUGAGAUCACAGUGGUCUCCUGCAUUAACUAUCUCUAAAGUCCUUUUGUCCAUUUGUUCUCUGUUAUGUGACCCGAACCCCGACGACCCGCUAGUGCCAGAGAUCGCCCGCAUCUACAAAACAGACCCCGUAAAGUACAACAAGACGGCUCAGGACUGGACUCAGAAAUACGCCAUGUGACCUUCCUCUUCCUCCUCCUCCUCCUCCUCCUCCUCCUCCUCUCACUGCUGGAAUACACUUUUUGGGUUUUCUCAUGUGGCCACGCCCCCUCCCUCUCAUCAGCCAAUAACAGCAAUUUGUUCAUUAUCUCCUUUUUUUUUUUAAACCUUCAAAUUGCUUUUAAAAAUGUCAGGUGUUAUUGUUUUCUUUUCCCUCUGCUUUUCAAAAUAAAGUAAAUAAAUAAAGCAGGUGAAGGGGUGAGGACUCUGAGCUGUGAAUGUGCCAACUGCAAGAAUAGAAGCAGCCAGAGCAGCGCGGACUGAAGAGAGAACGACUAACAGAUCAAUCAUGGAAUGCAUGUCAGUGAUUGGUUCAUGUGCUGCUGAGAUAAAGAGAAACCACAGCUUUGUUUGUUGGUUUUAUUCUGUUUUUGUUUUGUUGUUUUUAGACGAGAGAGCCGUUAGUUCAUCCCACACUGUUCUCCUCUUUCUGCACUGAAGAUGAAACUCCAAGCUCUCAGCGGCUGACGGAUCCACGCAUAGCUCUGUCGGGGGUUUCUCAAUAAAGUUGAACAAAUUGCA